AUGGCAACCAAUAUAUCCAUCUCGAAGCCCCUCGACGGCUCCUCCUUCUCCGGCUCCCUCAUCUCCCCUACAAACUCGCGAGAUCGCCGUGACUCCAUCAACUCUGUCUCUGUGAGCUCCACCUUCGAAAAGGAACAGAUGGCGCAGGCCCUCGACCAGAUACAUACCGCAGCCAGCCGAACCGACUCACUCACUCUUUUCAACGAAUCUUUUGCCCCUCCUCCGGUAAUCGUCCCAGAUACGGAGAGCCGCGGAACAGUACAGCAAGGUCUAAGCGGUCUCUAUAGCCGACUUCGAGUGGCGGUUGGUGCGGCCAGCUCGUCCAAGGCGGCGCAGCGUGAGGACGACGCAGAGAAGCUGGAAAACCUAACUAGAAAGGCAUCCACGGGUGAGGGACAUCGGUCGAAGCCCUCUAUAUCUUCCUUGAACCGCGCCGAAACAGGGGCGACUAUAUCCAGCACAUCGUCUCAACCAGCACCACCCGAUGUUUCUUCUCCCACAACUUCUAUCGGUCCUACGGAUGGCAGGCCGCAAAUGCCCGCUACAUCCAAGUCUGGAAGCAUCAGCUUGAUUGGCAGUUCCAAAUCUAAUCCAUCUGGUCGGCAAAGCCUGCCGACAAACGCCACAAGCGAUGUGACAGCCGCCGAGCCCACCAUCACCUCCGCGAGAAAACGAGAGCCAAGCCGUAGUUCUGCUCAUACUGAAGACAGCGCGGCCCAGAGUUCACGUCGAGGAAGCACCGGCAGACCAGGCUUCCAGACCCGCCUCUCGCCCGUCGAUUCACCAGAAGGCAGUAUUCCUUCGGGGUCGCAAGGAGACGAGAGCGUUUCCAGCGUUGGAGGAGCAAGCGGCGACGCCCCGUUGAGUCCAGUAAAAGGAAAAGCUCCCCUAAUGUCGCCACUGCAAACACUUCACUCGCGAAGUCCCUCUGCCGCGUCGUCUCUGCUAUCCCCCGAUGAUAUCCGGCGAAAACCCGCCGUCAUUGAUCGUAUCAGCCAUUCAAACCACAUUAGAUACGGUUCACGAGACUCGUCUAUUGACCGUGGGACGGCUGAAGCUAGCCCUAUUAGCACAAAUGCUCACAAUUCAGUCCAUCAUAAUUCUUUUUCUCAAGAAUCCAACCCCCAGCGCUCGAGAUCCGGUGAUGUCCGCAUCCCCGGCACCACAGCGAGCCACAGCCACCAAGGGGCAUCAGACCAGAUGAAUGCUCAGCUAGACAGAAUGCGCAGGCAGAUAUUAAGCAAGGAGUUUUGGAUGAAGGACGAAACAGUAAAAGAGUGUUUUCUUUGCCAAUCUCAAUUCACAGCGUUCCGCAGGAAGCAUCACUGCCGAACGUGCGGCUUCAUCUUCGAUUCCAAGUGUACCAUUGUCAUUCCAGGUGACAAAUUUGGCCUUCCCGGCUCUCUAAGGGUUUGCAAACGCUGCCUUGAUGUCAUCACUCGACGAUUUGAUGCAAGUGCCUCUGAGGAUUCUGGAGAUGAGCAGUCCUUUCUACCGAGAAUAUUUGGCACAGAGGAUCCUAGGAAAUCAACGGUAGCCUUUGCACAGCACCACAAGGAACCAGAAGUGAUCGAGGGCUCGGAGACUUCAAGACCAGUAACUACGCCAAUGAUGACGAUACAGGCCGCCCGUCGAGUCAAAGAGUCCAACCCUAAUUCAUCUGUUCUGGAGAUUGGUGCUCCACAGCUGAGCCGGCCAAGCUCGUCUCGCUCUCUCAAGUCUCUAUCCUCUGGUCGACCGCAAUCAUCUGCUGGCCAUAAGAGGCAUCAUUCAAAGCAUGGAUUGUUAGGGAGAAUCAAGCCGGAUCAGGCUCCGUUUCGAAAGGGUAUUCAGGAAGAGAAUGCCAGACGAACAAAAUUCCCAGCUUUCCAUGAUGACAACAUCAUCGAUCCGGAGUUGGCAGAUUUCAUGUCGGAUGACUCUAGCGGAGACGAGCAGGUCGGCAGUAUUUUUGCGACCCUCGCGUCGGCUGAGAUACCUUCCACGAGCUUUGACCCUGACAAGUCAAAUCUUUCUGCACUCAUGAAUACAUCCAAGAAGCAGCAACACCACCGCCAUAGAGGCGGCGAAAAGAGUGUCAGCGGAAUGAGUCACUUUAGCCGAAGUGGAUUUGGGCUCGAUGAAAUGGCACCUGGCUUUGCUAGCCAUCGUAGGACAAACCGACGCCGCAACCUCAGCAAUGUCAGCGGGAGUGUUCAUCAUUUCGGAUCUCCACGCCCUAAAUCUGUUUACAAGGGACCGUCAGCAUCGUCAGAGCUGUUGUUUCCUGUGGAUAACUCCAUUCAUCCAAACCACAGCGGGACCCAGCUGACCAGAAGCAACUCCCUACAGAAACGCAAGGCAGCUAAAACCAAGCUUAACGAAUCCAGCUUGAAGCAUGUCGACAAGCUCCUCUAUCAACUCUUGCGUGAUGCCGAUAUACCUAAUCCCGGGGCAUGGCAAAAAGCGCUAGUCCCCAUUCUUUUACAAGCCACUGAUGAUGUAUCUCCUGACGUUGCAAAUGGCGAAUCCAUGGACAUUCGGACUUAUGUGAAGCUCAAGAGAAUUCCGGGAGGAAAACCUGGUGACACAUCCUACAUCUCCGGCAUUGUCUUCACCAAGAAUCUUGCACUGAAGAGUAUGCCACGCAAAAUCACGAACCCUAGGAUUCUACUUGUCGGGUUUCCGAUUGAAUACCAGAGACACCAGCAGCAAUUUAUGAGCUUGGAGCCGGUCAUUGCCCAAGAGAAAGAAUUUCUGAGAAUCGUUGUUAACAGGAUCGCGCAGCUUAAACCUCAGGUUCUGCUUGCCGAGAAGACUAUUUCUGGCUUGGCUUUGCAGUACCUCUCCGAAGCCAAUAUUUCGGUAGCCUUCAACGUCAAGCGAUCAGUGAUUGCAGCCGUCGCCCGAUGUACUGAGACUAAGAUCAUUGAGUCUCUUGACAUGUUGGAAGCUCAAGUCGGGAGGUGCAGUGCCUUUGAGGUCAGGACCUUUGUGAACAAUGACUACCCAGGACGAAAGAAGUCUUACAUCUUUCUUUCUGGAUGUCGACCCGAGCUCGGCUGUACCAUUACACUUCGAGGAGCUAGCGACGCUCUUCUUGCUAAAAUGAAAUACAUCACCGACUUCAUGGUCUACGUUGUUUACAAUCUCAAACUUGAAUCCAGUCUUUUGCGGGAUGAAUCCGUCGAGCCUCCUGAGGCCAACGACUCGACGUCAAUGUCGAAUUCCUUCCAAGCAUUGAAUGAAAGCAUCCGGUCACUGAACUCGGUUGGUCAUACAACCAACAGCGGUGGCAGAACCGGCCCCAUCGUUGUAGUCAACCAGCCAUCGAGCGAGAGCGAGCCGCCCUCACAGUUGACGAUGGAUAGCUCAAGCUUCGGAGGCACAGAUGAAGCUUUUCAGGUCCCAGACGACGUGCCCAUGCCGACAUUCUAUAGCGAUAUGGUGGCCAAAUAUGAGACCAAGAUUCUCUCGGUGUCGCCAUAUGUGCGAUUCACUCAGCCGUACCUUCUCAUGAAAGCUCGCGAGCAAGAAAGGCGCCUGUUCUAUCUCAAACGCUUGAGGGACCAGGACAUGAUUGAGGAAGAUUUGGAAAAGAGUGGCCCUCCAAAGUUUCAGCUUAUCAAACCUGAGAUGGUCGAAGAGCUUGGUCAGAAGGCGCCUCGUCAAAUUAUGGAAAUUCUCCACGCCGUGCAUGACGCCGAAUACGACAAGGCUCUUUAUAAUUACCAGACUCAAACUCGUCAGUGGGAGACUUAUAUCCAGGGCAACUUGGACUUGUUCGACCCUUACUCUCACCAAAAUAUCAUCAUACUGUAUUCCGUCAUCUGCACCGAAACUAAAAUUCCUUGCACGGAGCCCAGCUUAGUCGGCAUCAACUUUUACGAUGAGCAGCGCGAAGAUAGCAGCAUGGAUCCAGACUGUACCCUCGGCCAGUAUAUCGAAUACCUAGUAAACAGCAAAGAUGAAAUUUGCGACUCUAAUGGAUGCGACCGCAAAAUGGCCCAGCAUCAUCGUACUUUUGUCCAUGACCAGUUCCGGAUCACGGUGUUUGUGGAGCAUCUCCCGAACGCCCCUCCCAGGUCACCAGAACUGGGCGAUGGGAUUUCCAUGUGGAGUUAUUGCAAGAUCUGCCAGAAAGAUUCGGAGGAGAUAGCAAUGUCUGAGACUACUUUCAAGUACUCCUUUGGAAAGUAUCUAGAGCUGUUGUAUUGGGGACGCGGCCUGCGCAUGAAGGAUGCCAUGGAAUGCCCCCACGACCAUCAAAAAGACCACGUCCGUUAUUUCAGUCUAAACGAUUCUCGUGUCCGGAUUCACUGGGACCCAAUCGAUCUCCUGGAAAUUGUCGUACCGCGGGCGCGACUGACGUGGAAAGUGAGCAAUGACCUUAGGCUCAAGAAUGACAUUUUUGGAAAGAUGGAUGAGCGCUGGGCAAAAUUCAUGGCCUCCGUGAUUGCCCGGCUCGAAAGCAUUAGGAUCGAUAGUGUCCUCCCCGAAAAGGCUGAGUCUUGCAAAGCAGAGCUGGACCGACUGAAGCAAAAGGCCAAGGAAGAGGAAGCCCUCAUGAUCCAACGCUUGCAAGAGAUUUAUGUCAAUUCCAAGUACUAUGAGGUUGUCCCAUUUAACAUCAUUGUUCGAGAAAUGUUGGAGACGGCUAGCGAAUGGGAUCAAGUCUUUGCUACGUUUGAGGCAGAUUUCUUGGGAGACAAAGACAUGCGACAACUCACAAUGUUGCAGCUAAAGAAGAUUUUCACCGACAACGAGUCAAAGGAAUCCCUUGGGUCCAAUGAAGGAACAGGGUCUGCCGGGGACAGCGAAGAGCGCCCAUCCCAGACCUUUUCCGAGGCAGAGGAGAAGUCUACACAACCGACAGAUUUCACUGACAACAGCAUGGAGGCAAGUGCCACUUCUUCAAAGCUUGCUGGAGAAAAGGUCGAUGUUGAAGGCGACGGUCCAUUACAGACAAUAACGCAAGACGCCAUUGAGCAGGUUCAGCCAUUGGAUUUGGCCAGCACGGCGCCUGUUAUGAUUCAAGAUUCCCAAGCCAUUGCUGGCAAUGAGGAUGCUAAAACUGCCCCUGCUGCAACAACUCCGCCAGAUGCGGUGCCAGCAUCACAAUCGCCGCCCGUCAGAAUGGCUCGAAGUCCCACAAACUCUUCAAUCUCGGGGCGGUCCCUCAGCGAAAGGAUAGACGCAAGUGCCCUGAAAAAGUCUGCCCAGCCAAGGCAAUCGCAGGAUUCCAACGAGAGACCCGCCGAUAUGGAAACACCAAGACAGGUCUCAGAACAAGGCGUUCGACGAAAGUCUACCACCAGCACAUCGCCACCAGUGACUAGAGCUGCAUCACAGCCAUCCCGGACAUUGGCUAGGUUACAGUCUCUGGGCAAAUCGUCUGGCUCUUCCGAGUCAGUGGCAAAGGUGCCAGAGAAUUCCGAUCAGCAGUCAGAACACUCCACCAAAUCGGAGAAAAAACUGUCUGAGCGACUCGGCCUAAACGUGCUGAAAAAUCGAGGGAAAAUAGCUGGAUCGAGUAUUCCGCGCCUUGUUCCUAAGAAGAAGGAAUCAAAGGUUACUACUCUGGCUAAGCACUUUGAACAGCUCAGCAGGGAGUUCAGCAGGGAGUUUGAGAAGGAGCGCAUCCGAGACCGUAAGAAGCGUGCGGCCAGCAUGCGGAACCCUCGUCCUAUGCUCCCCAAGACAUCAACGCAGGCAAUUGUACAAGUAUACGACAACGUCAAUGAAGCAUUUGACGAGCCAGCUGUCACAAGCGAACAAAGCACAGAGCAGGACAUGGAAUCGCAGUCCCAGUCGCAGGAUACGUCCUCAGUUCCUCUAGGAAGCAAGCGAGAAGAAUCAUCCAAGACAGGGUCGCAGACGGAACCACCAACUCCUAGCGAACCGCCCCUGCCAUCAGAUGGUCAAGUUCGAUGGGAUGAUGAUAGCACCAACGUGAACACAAACCAGGGUCUUUCGGACGACGAGGGCGGUACUAGUGACGCUGAGCCCUCAGUAUCCGACGAAUUUAUGCCCGACAUCAAAGAAAUGGCUGACUCUAACGCGGAAAUUCCACUUGAGCUUCCAAAGCACGAAAAAAUGAGCUUGAUGAAGUACCUGACCAACUUCUGGGCCGAACGAUCAGCAAGCGGAUGGCCAGCGUUAGAAUACCCCGUCAACGCCACUGACCACAUCUUUGUGGACUCAGAUAUUAUUGUUCGGGAAGACGAGCCGAGCUCGGUUAUUGCACUGGCCCUCAACAGCGACGAUUACAAGGAGAAGUUGGCCAAUAUCCGGCGAGAUGCGCACCAGACUAUGCUCCGAGAAACAGAUAUUCCGGAUGAAAUUGCUGAUGACAAUGUGGAGAGCAAUGUAGACGGAAAUUUUGAUGGUGAUGUCGAAGAGCUAGAGAAGAGUCUGCUCCGAUCCACUGGCACGCAUCUCAAGUAUCAAUUCAAAGAAGGUGCCGCGGUCAUGACUUGCAAGAUUUUUUACGCCGAGCAAUUCGAUGCUCUUCGACGAAAGUGUGGUGUUUCCGAGCGUAUUGUGGAGUCGUUGUCACGGUGCCUUCAGUGGGAUUCAAAGGGUGGCAAAACAAAAUCUGUCUUUUUGAAGACUCUGGAUGAUCGACUUGUCUUGAAGUCACUUUCAACAAUCGAAACAUCUGCGUUCUUGCGAUUUGCGCCAGGAUACUUCAGCAUCAUGGCCGAGGCACUGUUCCACGACUUGCCGUCUGUAAUCGCAAAGAUGAUGGGAUUCUUCCAAGUCGUCAUUAAAAACCCAGUGACUGGAACAGACAUCAAGUUGGACCUGCUGGUUACGGAGAAUCUCUUCUACGACCGUUCUCCAACGAGAAUCUUUGACUUGAAGGGCUCCAUGCGUAACCGCAAGAUCAAUGCGACUGGCGAGCAGAACGAGGUCCUUUUGGACGAAAACAUGGUGGAGUACAUUUAUGAAUCUCCCUUAUUUGCGCGCGAACACUCCAAGAAGCUCCUGAGGGCGUCGGUUUGGAACGAUACGUUGUUCUUGGCGCGACAGAACGUAAUGGACUACUCUUUGAUGAUUGCAGUUGACGAGAGAAGAAAAGAACUUGUCGUCGGCAUCAUUGAUUGCAUCAGAACAUAUACGUGGGACAAGAAGCUUGAAAGUUGGAUCAAAGAUCGCGGUUUCGCAGGCGGUGGUCGGAAUCGGCCGACUGUGACUAGUCCGAAGGAAUACAAGUCUCGAUUCAGAGAGGCCAUGGCAAGAUAUAUCUUGCAAGCUCCCAACUGCUGGCACCUGUUCAACAAGCCUCAGUAUAACAUGCUAUAUGGUCGAGCACGAUUUGAAGAUCAAGAGGCUUGA